CCUUUGCUGGAUUGCAAUGGAAGGCUGCCAUUGAAGCCUGACCUUUACCAGGGCGGUUAUCACCCUCAAGAAUCAUGUCCGUGCUCGUCGUCUCCACCAACCGAUCCCACGUCUCUUCAUCCAUCACUGUCCCACUCUGGUCUGAACUCUCCCAAUCCCAUUCCUGCAUCACCUCGACACCUUCUACCAUCUCGUCCAAUGAAUUCAAAGUCACCGUCCACUUCCCUCUUAUAGAUUCGUACUGGAACUCUAUCCACCCACCGCAGGCUGAAUGACAAAGGCAAUACCGUUUUCGCGUCGGCACCCAUCCCAAGUGGUUGGCAUGAAAUGAUGGGGUCGACUCCGAUGGAGAAAGUGUGUUUUCCCUUUCGAUUACAGACACUUCCGCAAACCCCUUUAUACGUCGCCUUAUGACCGUCGGCAUCUUGCAAUGUAGACAACGCACAUGCAUGGGUAUGAAAAACACGAGUAAUUGCGUCUUGGGGCGAUAGUCGAACUUCCGCAAUGACAAUCGAAGGGGGGAGGGAAGAUACCGGGGCUGCUCCCAGCGCAUCUUGGACCCAUUCUGUGCGUAGCCAGGGUCGCACCAGGCGAGCGUGAUGGAGCAUCCUCGCUUCUCAACAUAGUCAUUCAUAGUCUGUGCGAAGGCUGCAAAGGUACUGGCGAAAAAGGAAUGGGGGAUCUCGGGUAUGUCUGGCGGGCCGGAAGGCCAUAUGUUAAGAGUCGGUGUGACGGUGAUGCGCGAGAGUUUGAGGUUCGGCAUCGAGCAGAGUGUUUCUAAGGACAAUUUCCACUUAUGUAGCGCGGAAUUGACUUUGCUGUAACCACUAUUGACUUUGUCGGGAUUAAAUGUGGGGGCCAGGUGGAUAGAUUUAAUAAGGCUGCGACGCCGAGGUAGAAUGUUCAUCAUGAAAAUGCUGCAGAUUUCCGCUUCAUCGAAUGCGAAGGUGUUGGUCCUGUAUAAAGCUACUACGGCCUCUGAAUAUCUGAAGAUGUGUUAGUGUGACCCGCAGAUGGGUGGGACAUAUCAGACAUACACUUGACGACAGCUCGUCAAUAGUGAUAGCGGACGUCUAUCUGACGGCCAAGCUGUGAGGGUGUGAAAUCCGUAAUCAUCUCUCCUUGCUGAGCACAGAUCUCUGUGAGUAGGAGCUGUAGGGCUACUGACAGGACAGAAAAUACUGCCCAAUCUACAUUUCAAUCGAAAGAUAUGGACGUGCCCACCGCCGACUGCAUGCAUCCAGAUGAUAGCUCUGAUCUCCGGUGGAAGCGUCCAAAUGCGGCAUAUCCCUUUUUGGUCAAUGACUUUAUGUAUGACCAUCUUUUUUUGAUCUUUUGUUUCUCGUUUUGACUUUGUUGCGCCCUCUUCAAGACCAAUGUCGUCAAUAAACUCCAUCUUUUCUUCGUCGUUCAC